AACAUUGGACUUGGUCAUGGAAUUCUUCUCUAAUCUCUACAAAUUAGGUGCACAUUUCAGCAUGUAUGUGAAUAUAUAUAGAUAGACAAAAUAAACAAAAUAAUAAUAACAAAAAGCUAAUGAAAAUGGCUCAAAACAAUGUCCUUCUAAUAAUGUUGUUUCUUCAUUCUAAUCUACUUCUACUAAUCCCAGGAGUGAUUUCACUUAAGGUAACUCCAUUUCCAUCAGAUCCAGCUGCUCUACAUACAUGGGAAUCGAGUAAUAUACUUCCGUUUAGCGCACGCGCCAACGAUCCAGAACUCGAUCCUCUUAUCAAGCAAGCAGAGAAAACCCCUGUAAAAAUACUGGUAAGAAAAGAUGGGUCAGGCCAAUUCAAGACUAUAACUGAAGCUGUUAAUAGCAUCCCUGAACGGAACACUAAAAGAACGAUUAUUGUUAUCGGUCCUGGAACUUACGUAGAGAAGAUUAAAGUACCAAGAUCGAAGCCAUUUGUUACGUUUUACGGAGAGAAGGCUAGUGAUAUGCCAAAGCUUUCAUUUAAUGGUGAUGCAGCCAAGUAUGGAACGGUCGAUAGCGCAAGUGUAAUAACCGAGUCGGAUUAUUUCAUGGGUGUUAACAUUAUCUUUGAGAACUCAUCGCCUCCGCCAGAUGGAGUAAGAAAAGGAGCUCAGGCAGCAGCGAUAAGGGUCUCGGGGACCAAGUCUUCCUUCUUCAAUUGUAAAUUUUAUGGAUACCAAGACACUAUAUGUGAUGACAGGGGAUUGCAUUUUUUCAAGGACUGUUUUAUUGAAGGAACAGCUGAUUUCAUCUUUGGAAGUGGUACAUCCCUAUAUUUGAAAACGACUUUACAUUCGGUAUCUAAAGAUAAGGCUGGAGUUCUCACUGCACAAGCAAGAGAGAAACCAGAUGACACAGGAUACGUCUUUGUACAUGCUACUAUUCAAGGUAGUGGGGCUGGUAGUACCGUCCUAGGAAGGGCAUGGAAGCCAUAUGCCAAGACUAUAUUCGCAUACUCAUCCAUGGACGACUCUGUGAAACCUGAAGGAUGGGACAAUCAUAGAGACACUAAAAACGAUAAGACUGUGUAUUUUGCAGAAUACCAUUGUACGGGUCCAGGGGCGAGCACAUCAGGAAGGGCAACAUUUACGAAAAUGCUAACAGACCAAGAAGCAAAACCAUACUUAGACAUUGAAUAUGUCAAGGGUUCGACAUGGAUUACAGCUCCUCCUGUGGUUUAAAUGCAGAAUUAUAUUUCUGUAUCCUCACUUCUUUCUUGUGUGGGGAUCUUUUUUUUUUUUUAUAUAUUUAUUAUUUUUAGUGUUUUGUUAAUGAAAAUGGUUUUAUGUUCUUGUUGUUUGA